AGUGUGACUCGUGGUGUCACGUUUCUAUUCCACGUUUGCGACCUUUCAUCUUCUCUGCGCGUCCACCGAUUCAAAUCUUGACUUCUCUCCAUAUAUAUACAGAUGAAUCACCGAUCCUUCUUCAGAACCUUCUCAUUCGAGAAAAUCUGACGGAAUCGAACCUCAGCAACCAUGUCGACUAAUCCAACCUCGAAUCCCAUCGAAUCGAGCCAGAAGAAGCCAUCGCUGUACCUCCAGAACAUGGAUGAGGUCGAGGAGGUAUUCAACCGCUUCGACACCAAUGGCGACGGCAAGAUCUCCGUGUCGGAGCUGGGUGCCGUCCUCAGCUCCCUCGGCACCUCAUUCACCGACGAGGGAGAACUCCGUCGCAUCAUGGCAGAGCUCGACUCUGAUAACGACGGCUUCAUCUCCCUCCCCGAGUUCGCGGCCUUCUGCCGCUCCGGCUCUGAGGACGGUGGCUCCUCCGAUCUCCAAGACGCCUUCCGGCUCUAUGACCAGGACCAGAACGGCCUGAUCUCCGCCACGGAGCUCCACCUAGUGCUCAACCGCCUCGGCAUGAAGUGCUCCAUUGAGGAGUGUCACCGCAUGAUAAGAUCCGUCGACUCCGAUGGCGACGGUAACGUCAGCUUCAAGGAGUUCGAGAAAAUGAUGAGCAACGCAAACAAAAGCAACGGCUCCGCGCAGUAAAAUUUGGAAUCGACGGUCGUGGACGGGUUGAGUGCAGCAGUUGCUACUCUGCGCGCAUAUAUAGGUGUUAUCGUUUCCCCUUUUCCAUCUUCAAAUCUGAAUCCGAAUCUGAAAUCAAUCUCCGAUUGUUAUUAUUAUGGCUUCUGGGGAUUUUCUUACAAAUACUAUUUAGGAAGAUGUUUAAUCUGAGGAAUUCAGACAUGGAUUGCCUCUUAAAGAUUAGGUUGUUACGUAUUAAUCAGGUAUUGAUAGUUUUGUGGGAAAAUCCGCCUAGAAUAAUUUCUCGCAAAAUUCCAGAUGUGUGAUCAAAUAAUAUUUCUGUACAUGUUUUGAUA